AUGUCGGAUCCAAGGAGUUUUCUCUUAGAAAGACUUUGUUUUGCCCUUUGUCUUUUGGCGUUGACAAACGCAGCAUCAUACAGUUGCCCAUGCGGUGUUACGUACAGUCGAACGUCUUAUGACUGCGGAUUUUGGGGCAUGAGUCGUUGCACAAGGCAAGUUUCGGCCACUAAGAUGUGUCAGUGUGUUGAUGGUGGCUGGACUGAUUACACAGCGUGGACGAUGACGUCACAAUGCAGUGUGACCUGUGGCGGAGGUUAUCGCACCGUGUCGAGGUCACGAACAUGCACUAACCCAUCACCAGCGAAUGGUGGAAAAACCUGUGUUGGCAGCACAUCCGAGUCCAAGACGGAAGCAUGUAACACACAUCAAUGCCCUGUUGACGGAGGUUGGACUGAUUUUGGGCAGUGGGUGGCAUCCCAGUGUUCCGUUUCCUGUGGUGAAGGAGUACGGUCACUGUCCAGAUCCAGAGCAUGUACGAACCCUUCGCCGCAGUAUAACGGGAAGGAAUGUGUAGGCAUCAACACGGAACACAAGACGGAAACCUGCAACACUAGUCCUUGUCCAAUUGACGGAGCGUGGGCUGAUUUCGGAGAUUGGGUGCCAACACUCUGUUCCGUUUCCUGUGGUGGAGGGGAGCGGUCAUUAUCCAGAUCUAGAACAUGUACAAAUCCUUCGCCGCAAUACAACGGAAAGAACUGUGAAGGGGACAACACAGAGUACAAGACGGAAACCUGUAACUCUAAUCCUUGUCCAAUUGACGGAGGCUGGACUGAAUUCAAUGAGUGGGUGCCGACAAUCUGUUCCGUUUCCUGUGGUGGAGGGGAGCGGUCAUUAUCCAGAUCUAGAACAUGUACGAACCCUUCGCCGCAAUAUGACGGGAAGAAGUGCGAAGGCGCAAACACAGAGCACAAGACGGAAACUUGUAACACUAACCCUUGUCCAAUUGAUGGAAGGUGGUCUGAAUUUGAGGAGUGGGUUCCAACACCCUGUACCGUUUCCUGUGGUGGAGGGGAGCGGUCAUUGUCUAGAUCUAGAACAUGUACGAAUCCUUCGCCGCAAUACAACGGAAAGACUUGUGAAGGGGACAACACAGAGUACAAGACGGAAACCUGUAACUCUUAUCCUUGUCCAAUCGAUGGCGCCUGGUGCGAGUUUAAUGAACUUACCUGGACGCAAUGUUCAGCACACUGCAACCAGACGGGAACACAAACUCGAGUCUGUGAAUGCCCUGCAGCUCAAUAUGGCGGUGCUGCUUGUGCUGGAACCAACAUAAAUACCGAGACAAAAGAUUGCUAUCAGGGAGCAUGCCUUGAACAAGCCUGUGCAGCCACAGAUAAGUCCGGUUCCUCCCUCCCCAGGAACUGUGGGGAGUAUGUGAGGUGUGACACUAACUCUGUUCCCAUAGUGAUGCCCUGUCCUGCUGGACUUCAUUUUGACGAUGACACGGGAGUCUGCGUAGAGGGAGAUUGUGGAGUUGCUGCUGAAGAUGAGGUUGAAUCUCUGUGCAACGUGGACAACAAUGGACAGUUUUUAGCUGAUGAGGUAGACUGUUCGAUUUUCUACCAAUGUUCAAACGGAGAUGCCAUUCAAAUGGCAUGUCCUCCCGGAACCAUAUGGGACUCCACGAUGAACGCCUGUGUCAUUGGAAACUGUGAUGUCAAUGAUGAAGUAGACGAAGUGGUCGAUGACAAAGUUCCUGAAUGCGCGGAUAAAAACACAGGAACGCUGCUACCAGAUCAGAAUGACUGUCACAAGUAUACAUUGUGUGUCAACAACCAAGACCAAUCCAUGAGCUGUGGUCCCUUGGUAUUUGACCCUACGCUGCUGAUAUGUAACUGGGAAAGUGAGGCCAAUCCGUGUACCACUAAGCCAUAAUUCUACUGUCGUAGACAACAAAAGAACGACUUAAAAUCUAGUGAUUAAGAAACAAAAUAAAUAGGUUGCAAAUAUUAUGUUUCGGAUAAAAAUCUGUGAAAAUAGAGACAAGUUUCGUAACGUUAAAUCGGUCAAAAGCUUGGUCAACGGAUAGCUAACGCUUUAAAAGAAAAAAAAGAUAGUUUUGUGCAUGCAUGAAUUUAACUGAAAACAAUUGAAAUUCUAUUAUUACGUCGUGUUUUUCGCGAACGUCUAUAAUAUCAACAUGUUUAAUUCGAGACUGGUAUAUGGUCUUAAUCAACUGGAAAAUGAAAAAUCAGGUAACCGUUUUAUGUUGAUUAACUGUGAUUUGUUUAUAUAUGUUUAUUGUUUCUCUUAGCUUAAUGACUUAUAUAAUAUCUCGAUAUAUAAUGAGAUUCCUUUCUUUAUAUGUAUACUGAAUAUUAUGCGCACAUUUCUGUCAGUAAAGAUUAUAUGUAUUAAAGACAUACACUUCUGCUGAA